CGACUACACUGGUGACCUGCAGAAAUGUCAAAUCGACUGAUAUCAACUUUGCUCUCGCCCUUGCCCACAAUUUUCGUACCGUGCACUGUAAAGCGCCUUUGUCAGCCGGACAUUUUCGCCACAAGCCGUCGAUUAGUGUCAACAAGUGGUCGGAAAAUGGCCCUGCAGGAAAUGAUCGACAAAAAGAACCAACAGGAAAUCACAAAGAUGUUUACGCGUAUCAAAAAGACCAUCCCCCGGUUCGCGGACGAACGACACAAAGGCCAGAGCGGUCGAAUUGGGGUGGUCGGAGGCUCGCUUGAGUACACAGGCGCCCCGUACUUUGCUGCCAUCAGUGCCCUUCGAACCGGAGCGGACCUAGUGCAUGUGUUUUGCAUGACGACGGCGGCUCCAAUCAUCAAAUCUUACAGUCCCGAGCUUAUAGUGCACCCGCUGCUGGACGAUCCGAAAGCAAUAGACAAGAUUGAGCCGUGGCUGGACCGGUUGCACUGCCUAGUCUUCGGUCCCGGCCUGGGUCGCGACGUCCACAUCGAGCGGACAGUGAUCCAAAUGAUGACCUACGCUCGGCGCAACAACAAACCCAUGAUCCUGGACGCCGACGCGCUCUCCAUAGUCGCCCAGAACACCGAACUCAUCAAAAACUACGACAAAGUCAUCCUAACACCAAAUGCCAUGGAAUUCGCUCGUCUGUUCGGCACUCAGCGCGAAAACAUCCCCCGGCGCCUUAAAAUCUUCGGCAAUGGCCCAUUCAUCCUGGAAAAGGGCCGCAACGACAAAAUCCACAACGUACGGACCACCGAGAAGUACGAAUGCCCUCGCGGUGGAUCGGGUAGACGCUGCGGCGGACAAGGUGACCUCCUCUGCGGUUCGCUGUCGACGUUUUUCUUCUGGGCUCUGGAAGCGAAGGAAGAAAAGAACCCGGGCCUGGUUGCCUCUUACGCCGCUAGUUUUCUAGUCAAGGAAUGUAACUCAAGAGCAUUCGCCAAGUACGGUCGUGGACUGACGGCGAGCGACAUGAUCCAAGAAAUCACCGGCGUGUUCCAGGACUACUACGAGCUCACGGAGGAGGACCUGGCCGAGGAGAAGGCAGCCGAACAGCAGGCUCGGAUCGAUCGAAUCGGGCCGAAUAUUCCAUGAGAAUAGCCUGCCGACGAGGCGGGUCGUUGAAUUCAAUCAAUCGCAGCAAAGCGGUCCUGUUGAUGGUGUUUUAUUAUUCCUAAGUGUAGUCAAGCUCUUUUGUCGGUGGAACGCCCUUUCUUCCACUGUGCUCCACUCUCCUACUAUAUUGUGAUGUCUUUAUACGCGUAAGCGGCGGGUGGCCACCGCAAGGCAAGCGAUCCCCUUUUAUAUCGAGUGUCUACCUCGUUUUUAGCAUUUAUUAGUAACGUUGGAGCGUCUGAUUUCAAAAUUUACCAAUCGAUGUGUGACGAGUCAAUGUGGCGAACCUUUUUCGGCAACUAACUCUACAAUUUUACUCUAGAAGUGCAUUUAAUGGUGUUUUCGAGGCGACGCGAUCCGUCGCUAGCAUACAAAAGCUAUUUCUAACGUAAUUGUAAGUUUUCCAGUCAAAAACUUUGAAUUGUAUUUACAGAAGAAGGUGUUAUGGAUGUGUCGGUUUUGAGGACUCGAAUAAAAGCGAGAAUAAUGUUUAUAAA